AGGAAACCUUAGCGGCCAACCUUCCUCCUCUCGGCAUAGGUGUAGCGGGUUUAACAACCGACUUAUUUCCCAUUCGGGACGGUUUCGGCGUUGACAACUGCUCGGUCCUUGGCGGCUGCGGGAAUUGGGUGGGUCGGUGGGGAGGCUGUCCCGAGGCAAGAUGCCGGUCAGGUUCAGCGACAUGGGUAACCUGACCUCCCCGAAGGCCGUGGUCCGGCUGCUGGAGAUGCUCUUCGCCUGCGCGGCCUUCAGCCUGGCGGCGGUCGGGGAUUGGAGCGGGGCCACCCGGAGCGGGCCCUUCGCCACCUUCGCCACGUUCACCUGGUGCUUCUCCUUCGCCGCCACCCUGCUCAUCUUCCUGGUGGAGUUCACCCAGUUCCACAGCCUCCUCGCCCUCUCCUGGAAGAACCUGCCCGUCACCCUGGCCGCCUUCGCCGCUUUCAUGAACCUGGCCGCCUCCGUCACCUACCCGCUGCUGGUGGGGAGCGAGGCCCGACCGGCUCAGGCGGCUGCUACCACCGCCGCCGCCGCCGCCACCACCACCACCACCCCGACCCCGCCUGAGGCCCAGGCCCAGGCCCGGAGCGGCCUCCUCUUCCCCGUCGCCGCCACCAUCGCCUCCUGCCUGACUUUCCUGGCCUACUCGACCGAGCUCCUCAUCACCAAGGUCGAGGGGAAAGGCGGUUACAUGGCCACCUGGCCCGGCCUGUUGAAAGUUCUGGAAGUUUUCGUCGCCUGCGUCCUCUUCGUUACCCUGGCGACCGUGGCCAGCCCAGAAUUCACCGGCUUCCGGUGGUGCGCGGGCGCGCUCUGCGCCUGCGCCCUGAUGUCGCUGGUUGUCAUAGUGAUGAUGGUGGGCGAGUGUCGGGCCUGCUGCCCGGUGCCCCUCGGCCGCCUCCUGCUGGCCUUCAGCACCCUGGCCUCCCUGCUCCACGGGGCUGUGCUGCUGGCUUGGGUUCUCCACCUCCGCCGCCAAACUGACUGGCUGGCCGAGUGCCCGCGGGUGGACUGCCGGCGGAACCAGCUGCUCAUGUCCACCUUUCUGAUCGCCCUUAACCUCCUGGCCUAUGUGACUGAUUUCAUUUACUCCAUCAAACUGAACUGCUCCAGGAGCUGACAUUCUGCCAACAGAGCAAUCAGCUGGGGGUGCUUACUCUGAUGGCAUUGCCUGCUUGUCAAAUGGUUCGAUGGAUGAUUCCAGAAUGCAGGCAGUCUCCCUGCUCCCUGAUUCCCAUGAAUGUGGGAUCUCAGAUCCAGACAGUCCCCAUCAUUCUCUGCCACUGAAUCUUGGGAUUCAGACAAGACUGGCUUCUCAAGCGAAGAGUUGAUGACUGAUUAGAGAGUGGAUGAGUUGCCUUUGUGGAACCCACCGAUGUCAGACCCUGCAUCGUCUGAGGAAGAUGUUUACCUAGCGAGUGCCAAAGAAAAUUUUGAACCCUAUUUGUUUAAACUGUAUCAGCUGUGGUGCAAGAGGUAGCUGUCACAGUAUCUGUAUAAAAUGAUUGUGGUCUCUAGAUCAAAUGUCCCUGUUUGGACGGUGUGAUAAAUCAGAAUUGACCAGGUCAAUGGGCAGGAUCUGUGCCUUCCUCACAAUGGGCAAGGUGAGUGCCAAUCUCUGUCUCCACUAGGUGUCAUAUCUUGACCCUUGACUUUUGGCACUCUUCAUUGCCCUGGUAAUAUAUUUUAUAUUAUAUAUUUUGUGUAUAUUGUAUAUAUAAAGGUGUCUUGCCUUACACAGAAAUGGUUGAGCUGAGCCCAAGGUCGACCUAUUUUGUAAAAUUUCCGUUUGCCUAAGCUGUAAACUGUGAACUUCUUAAAACAUGUGGUGAA